GCCACCUACGGAAACGAACAGAAUAUAUCUAAUCGCGGAACAGCUCAAAUCCGGAUCGUCCGCUUCCGUGCAAAAACAAGUGGCCCGGUGCCAUUCCCAUCGUCAUCGUCAACCACUCUAAUCCAUCAGAUCUGCCGUGGCCGAACCCGAAGUUCACCUUUCGAUCCGAGCGGACCCGCCUCCGGUGCCGGUUACGCUUUUGGCAAGAUUGCACUGCGUGACUCAAUGAACAGGAGGCGACGAACAAAUUCCAGGCCUGCUGCAACCAUUUAUGCUUUUAGCGAAAAAUCGAAUCUCCGGAUUGAUUACGAUGCAGCUUCGGCGGUGACAGUGACCAUCGUGGAUCUCUCUAUCCAACCACGAAUACGGGCUGCAGAGUUUGGGGAAUGUGAUCCUCCGGAGCAAAACUAGCAGGCGCGAUGGACAUCCUGAUCGAGCCGGACUGCUACAAAGUGUGCCGCAUCUGUAUGGAGAGCUGCGAGGAUGAUUUCGUGUGUGUUUACGACGAGUUCGAGGAUAUGAUACUGAGCGACGUGAUCACGGAGUGUGCCCGAAUUGAAAUCCGUAAGCACGAUGCACUUCCGCGGAAUGCAUGCCGGAACUGCGCAGAGUACAUGAUCAUCGCCUACCACAUCAUUCAAAAGUGCCGUGAAUCGGAUGCGACCCUCCGAUCGAUUUUUCGGCACGAGCUGAACGUGCGUGAGGGCGAGCGGAACAAUGGGUUAGCGCGGGAAGGUGCCCGCAUGCGGGUCACCGAAGACAUGGACCCUUCGGAUUAUGAAUUCCUGUUGGGGCUUGGGCUGGACGGUGAGCCAUUGCUCGAGGCGCCCAGCUUCACUUCCCCGGUAGAUGGUGAAAUGGCUGGCGCACCUGCAUAUGACCAACCUGUUUCAUCACUGGCAACUGUAAACCAGCAGCAGCAGCACCAGCACCAGGAGGAGGAGGAAAUGCAACCGAAUUCAUUAUCAGCAGCAUCGUAUACAGAAGAAACGACCAGCAACGACCAUUCGUCUCAAAUUGUUGGUGAAGAGGCUGCUGCUGUUGCUGGGCCCGCAGAAAUCGCCCACGAAUCUAGUGAAACGAAUGAAGAAGAUUCAUCCGUACCGCAGGGUGAGCAGAAGAAGUGCUGUGGUUGCCGGAAGCUUUUCUAUAACGAGCGCAGCUUGCUUGAGCAUUGUCGAGACGUGCAUCUACCAGCACAGGAAUGCCAACAGGAGGGUAGCUCCGACGAUGGUAAACGAUUGCGCUGUACCGUAUGCUAUAGAGGGUUCAGUAGUUUGCAGCUGCUCAAGGAACACCAGCGAACGGUGAACCGGAAGUACGUCUGUGCGCGCUGUGGCAAGCGGUUUAUGACCCAAGCAAACCUAGAUACGCACAGCAAAUGCCACAAGGACAGGGAAACGUACAAAUGUUGCGGAUGUCGGGGCGAGUUCGAAACGGAGCUGGAGCUGCUACUCCACUCCGAGCAGGUACACCGACCGGAGCGGAAGGAGGAUUCAGACAAACCGUUCGAGUGUGAAACAUGCUUCCGCCGUUACUCGAAGCGUAAGUCGCUGGUGAAACAUCGGCGCAUGGCGCGCCAAUUUCAGUGCCAAACAUGUGGCGCAAUCUUUAUGAAGCAACUAUUCCUCACGCUCCACACCGAGAGCGUCCAUCGUCAGGGUUUGGAACAGGAACAACAGUCGCACCAGCAGCCACUGGUGCAACAAGAUCAAACACAUCUGCAAAAGUACCGAUGUUGCGGUGGCUGUCGUGAUGAGUUUGCGGAUAUGGCCGCACUGCGGGAACACUCCGAGCGGGUGCACGGCAAGGAGGACGAUCGAACGCGUGCCCAGGGAGUCGAUCGACCGUUUCAGUGUUCAAUCUGUCGCAAACGGUUCGCCACUGCCAUCUAUCUGUUGCAGCACCGAAGCCGAGAGUUCCGCGAGAAAUGCUUUCCAUGUAGUAUCUGUGGUCGAUCGUUUAAUCGGGCGCACGAUCUAUCCAACCACCAGACGACGCACUCGAACGAGAUGCCAUUCGAGUGUAAUGUCUGUGGGCGACGAUUCAAGAACAAAAUCUAUCUCAAGAAUCACUGCAAGCUGCAUGCCAGCAGUGCGAAGGAGCACGUGUGCCGCCAGUGUGGCAAAUGCUUCCGGACCAAGGAGCUGCUGAAGACACACCAUAUCUCCCAUUCGCAGGAGCGCAAACACGGGUGCACGGUUUGCGGGGCUGCCUUCAAGCGGCUUCAGUGCCUAAAGAUACACACCCGGGUGCACACCCGGGAGAAAGCGUACGAGUGCACGGUCUGCCGGAAGCGGUACGUGCAAGCUUCCGACCUUAAACGGCAUAUGCUGACCCACAAUCCGGAUGUCGAGGGAAAACCGUUCCAGUGUGAACACUGCUUACGGCGCUAUCCACGGAAGGACUACCUGAAGAUGCACGUUCGUCGACAGCAUCCGGAACAACAAACCGCCCAGCCGGAACCUCAGCAGCUCCCCGAUGCUCUAGAAUUGUUUACAGCAGCUAACGAAACGGAACAGCCAGCGACGGUCGCGACGGGUGCCACAGCAGCUUUAGCAGUUGCAGUCAUGGUCGAUGAUGAUGAUGUAGGGGAUUUUAUGCGUCUAUGCUAAACGCUCUUCGAGCGAGCCUUUUGCGAAAUAAAAAUCGGUUUAUUAUACAAAGUA